GAGACCGGGCUGGCCAUGAUCUACGGAGUUCUGGUGGGGGUCAUUCUUCGCUACGGCAUCCACAUUCCCGGCGAUAUCAACAACGUGACUUUAAGCUGCCCAAUGCAAACAAACCCUGCUACUUUGCUGGUCAACCUGAGUGGGAAGUUUUAUGAGUACACCCUGAAGGGGGAGAUCAGUUCCCAUGAACUCAAUAGUGUUCAAGAUAAUGAGAUGCUGCGGAAGGUAACUUUUGAUCCUGAAGUGUUCUUUAAUAUCUUGCUCCCUCCAAUUAUAUUUUACGCUGGAUAUAGCUUAAAACGGCGUCACUUCUUCCGAAACCUUGGAUCCAUUUUAGCAUAUGCAUUUCUUGGAACAGCAAUUUCCUGUUUUGUGAUAGGAUCCAUCAUGUACGGCUGUGUUGCGCUGAUGAAAGUGAUGGGGCAGCUUGGAGGAGAGUUCUAUUUUACCGACUGCCUGUUUUUUGGGGCCAUUGCCUCCGCUACAGAUCCUGUGACGGUCCUCGCCAUAUUCCAUGAACUUCAAGUGGAUGUUGAGCUCUAUGCCCUUCUCUUUGGAGAGAGUGUCCUCAACGAUGCGGUGGCCAUUGUGCUGUGUUCUUCAAUCAUUGCCUACCAGCCUGCAGGAUACAACAGCCACACGUUUGAUGUUACAGCCAUGUUCAAAUCCAUCGGGAUUUUCCUUGGGAUUUUCAGCGGAUCAUUUGCCAUGGGGGCCGCUACGGGUGUCGUGACUGCUCUGGUCACCAAGUUUACCAAACUUCACGAGUUCCACCUGUUGGAAACAGGCUUGUUUUUCCUGAUGUCCUGGAGUACCUUCCUGUUGGCUGAAGCAUGUGGUUUUACCGGUGUGGUGGCGGUUUUGUUCUGUGGCAUCACUCAAGCUCACUAUACUUACAACAACUUGUCCACAGAGUCACAGCAGAGGACAAAACAGUUGUUUGAGCUUCUCAACUUCUUGGCGGAGAACUUCAUCUUUUCCUACAUGGGGCUGACGCUGUUCACGUUCCAGAACCACGUCUUUAAUCCAACCUUUGUGGUUGGGGCUUUUCUGGCGGUAUUCCUGGGAAGAGCGGCAAACAUCUAUCCCCUCUCUUUCCUGCUUAACCUGGGGAGGCGAAACAAGAUUGGGACAAACUUUCAGCAUAUGAUGAUGUUUGCUGGCCUGCGGGGAGCCAUGGCGUUUGCCUUGGCCAUCCGGGACACAGCCACCUAUGCGCGGCAGGUGAUGUUCAGUACGACUCUGCUGAUUGUCUUUUUCACCGUCUGGGUGUUUGGUGGUGGCACCACCGCGAUGCUUUCGUGCCUGCACAUUCGGGUUGGUGUAGAUGCUGACCAAGACAAUGUGGUCGAGGCAGAAAACGAGGGGCGAAGCACCCGGGCUGAGAGCGCCUGGCUGUUCCGAGUCUGGUACAACUUCGACCAUAACUACUUAAAACCUCUCCUGACGCACAGUGGUCCCCCCCUGACCACCACCCUCCCCAGUUGCUGUGGGCCCAUUGCACGGUGUUUGACGAGUCCGCAGGCUUACGAGAAUCAAGAGCAGCUGAAAGAUGAUGAUUCAGAUCUGAUUUUGAAUGACGGAGACAUCAGCUUGACGUACGGGGAUUCCAGCGGGAACUCUGAUUCGCUGCCAUCGGGCGCCUCAAGACGGGUUGCUGGAAAUGGUUCCGAGGACAUGCUAGACCAGGAGCUGGGCUUUGGAGACCAUGAACUUGUCAUCCGGGGGACCCGCCUCGUUCUUCCCAUGGACGACUCCGAGCCUCCUUCCGGCGUGGUUGACAACGCUCGCCAUGGCCCAGCCUAAGAUCGGUGUCUUGACAC